AUGAAAGGUGUUAUGCGUUUUGGUAAGAAAGGCAAAUUGAGCUCAAGGUAUAUAGGACCUUUCCAGAUUGUUAAACGAAUAGGGAAAGUAGCCUAUCAAUUGGCUUUACCGCCAGAAUUAGCUGCGGUACAUGAUGUAUUCCACGUCUCAAUGUUAAAGAAGUAUGUACCCGAUUCAUCCCAUGUUAUAAAACAUGAACCGAUACAGAUUUACGAGGACAUGACUUAUGAGGAACAACCGGUGCAAAUACUUGCACGAGAAGAGAAGCGUCUUCGUAAUCGAAGUAUUCCACUUGUAAAGAUACUGUGGAGGAAUCAAAAAGUGGAAGAAGCAACAUGGGAACGUGAAGAUGAGAUGAGAAGAAAACACCCCUAUUUGUUUUGA